AAGAAAGACUAGUGCAAAUACCCUGCCUCUCUGGUACAUGGUAUGAAAUGGAUUAAAAAAUGUCACAACAAAAGCAUUUUGAAUCAGAUGAGUUAUCUCGAAUGCCAGAACAGGAAAACGGACAAAAUGGAGAUGAGCAGAUAGUUGCAGAAAUCCUGGGAAGACGAUUCUCUCCUUCACUGAUAACCACUCGAGCCUGGGAAGGAUUCCAUUUUAUUGGACAUGAGAUAGAGAUUACAGAAGCCACAGACAGUUAUGGAGCCGUGGUCUGGCCUUCGGCUCUCAUUCUGUGCCACUUUUUGGAAACAAACGUGAACUCAUAUAGCAUGGUUGAUAAAAAUGUCAUUGAAAUUGGAGCGGGAACAGGUCUGGUCUCAAUAGUAGCUAGUUUCCUUGGUGCCCACGUGACUGCCACUGACCUCCCAGAAGUGCUGGGAAACCUCCAGUACAAUGUUUUCCGAAACACGAAGAUGCGAUGCAAACAUCAGCCCCAGGUGAAAGAACUAUUUUGGGGGGCUGACUUGGAAAAGAAGUUCCCCAGGUCCUUGUGCCAGUUUGACUACAUCCUGGCCGCUGAUGUCGUCUACCACCACCCUUACCUGGACGAGCUCCUCCUUACCUUUGACCACUUGUGUAAAGACAACACAGUCAUCCUCUGGGCCAUGCGGUUUAGGCAGGAGAGAGAAAACCAGUUUGUGGACAGAGUCCAGAACCUGUUUGACCUGGAAGUGAUUUCUGACUUUCCCAGUUUAGAUAUAACCCUGUUUAAGGCAAAGAGAAGAGUGAAAUGGUCUCUACCUACUGCAUCCUGA